AUGAAGCAGGGAGCCCAUAAAAGAUUGCAGCACCAGGCGACGCAGAUUGGAUUUGAACCAUCCGGUCUACCAAUGCACACGGAUUCUGCAAACAUAGUGGACGGUGCGUUUAAAGAGCCAGGCCAGGGUAUUGAUGAUAAAGAAGAGUCGGACGAACUCGCUAAGAUUGACGAUGAUGUUCGAUUCUCACAUCCCAGCUACUUUCCGAACAUUUGUCGCAAGACAAUGACUGUCCAAACCGAUGGCACUGAGGAUCUCGACACUCCAGCAAGAUCGAUGCCAGACCCAGGAACAGCCCCUGAUGACUACUUGUCACUUCCCAUGACAAGUCCUGCCCGACCCGGUGCCUCUUCGCCGGCAGUCGGAGACUGCUGCUCAGGUCUUUUGGCCGUCGAACCUCCAUCACCUAUAUACCACGGCACGAAGGCCCCCCCCUCGCCUAUCGAGAGGUUGGGCUCCAAAGGCAAGAGGAACAAGAACUAUAUUCGUUUCCAAGGAUCACAUCCAUUCGUGCCGGGGAAGAUCACACAUAAGCACCCAGGGGGGCUCCAUCACAAAAAGUACAUUCAGUACGUAUAUUCGCACACGAGCUCUGACUACAGGAUCACACAUCACUACCUUUGCGAAACAUCAGAUCUCGAGAAGCCAGUGUAUUACUAUCAUGAUGUUGGGGGCUACACACGCCUGGACCCGGACCACAGAUUUACCCUACAUCUGGGUAAUCAUUCCGGAACGCCUAUACUUGGGGCGAUGUGGCACAGCAGUGGUGGGAUGCAUUUCGCUGUCGGCAAUCCCUUCAUGGAUAUCAAGAACAUGUACGACGAAAGUGUGUCCACCAUUCAGAGACAACAUUGCGAUUACCUCAAGCCCAUAUCUUCCGCUCCAACGAGAUGGCACAUGGACUUUUCUUUUGGAGGCGGAAAAGGAGAAGGGCUGCAGAAAACUUACAGGUGGCAAGUUGUACAUGUGGCCGAGACAAUCCCACAACUUCGACGUGGAAAAUUAGAGUUAAGGGAAAAGCACGGCCAUGAAGAUGUGGAUGGGGAGGGCAAGAAGAAGGAGAAGAGCAAGUUGCUUGCUACCUGUAGAAAUGCUGAUGAGCUGAGUACGAAUCUCUGGGUCAGAGAAGUCUCCGAUGAGCUGGGGGACGAACUUGCGAGGAUGAGAUGGAAAUCCUGGGUUCUACUGACUUGGGGUGCAAUGCGAGAUCGAAUGCGAGGCCCCCAUAAUACAGGCUCUCCUUAUCACGAUGUUGGGUACACCCAGACUACCAAGACAGUCCAGUCUCCGGGUGGGCUGAUUCCUUUUUCUGGCUUUACACUGGGAGGGUGCAUACUUCCUGUGACAAGAGAGGAUAUUCGGGAACGGAGCUUGAAGGGAGAAGAGUACUAA